AUGAUUGACGUCCCCACCAGCUGCGUCGGUUUCGUGACGGGCGCCCAGGGCAGCUUCCUGCGGGCGUGCGAGGAGGAGUGGGGGACGCUCAUGUUCUUCUGCGACUUCCAGGGCCCUCCGCGCGACGGAAACGGCGUGGAGCGCCUCGCCAUCUUCGGCCUGAAGCACGGCCGCGAGGGCUCGAAGCUGAAGGUCAUGGCGGCCGUCGAGACGAAGAUGCCCGGGCACUUCACCAAGGGGCUCGGCGAGACGCGCAGCGAGGACGAGUGGGGCACGGACACGCUGCCGCUGGGGAGCGAGGAACUAUCCUUCGUUCUCGGCAAGGAGGGCAGCACGAGGAAGAAGCUGGCCCGCGCUAGCGGCGGGCGUUGGGACUGCAAACCC